CUGUCAGCAGUCAUAUUGUCAACUCCUGCAUCGUCCGAGUCCUCACUUGAGUCUCCCUCAGAGUCAGCAAGCAGCUUGAAAUCUUCUCAAUGGCCCUCUGUCUUUGAUGUCUACUGUCCGUCAUUUCCAAGUGGCGAAACUGCUGAGAGUCUUGAGAGAGUAAGAGUGACCCUUCUUUCAGAAGUUAAAAAGAAGGACAAUGAGCAGACAUUGAAAGUGCUAAUGGACAAGACCUUCGCACUGAGAAGGCAUGAAGUUAUCCAUGAAUCGCCUCUUAUUGCAGACUUCAAAACAAGAUGGCCUGCUCUUUUUAGAACAAAAGAGGUAAGCGCUGAAUUCGAGCGGAUUACAACAGUCCAUCUGCUGUCACGGUUCUUUUCCAAGUUGGAUCUUCACUCUGCAAAACUUCUCAAAGUGUUUUCCAAAAGAGGAGGAGUCCAAGGAAGAAAGAUUAUGCAGCUUGUGACGGCCAUGGCACAGAGUGACAACGUUGAAGUUAAAAGAGAAUCAGUUCUCAGAGCUCUGUGUCUCUACUUGAUUGAAGAACCGGAUGAUCUCAUUCGUGAAUAUAUGGUUUCUGAUGUGGCCGCUAUUCAGCAGGGAAUUGACGGGACUGUCUUGGGGAUCUAUACAACCAGAGUCGAGGGAGCUGAAGUCAUGGACCAUCCUGCGGAUGUUGGAGUGGUAAUCGAAGGUGUUGUGGUUCUGGAAGACCUUGCCAGUGUGUCUCUUGCCAUUGCAUUGUUGCUUGGAUUAAUUUAUGCCUUUAACUUGAGUUACCCUCCCAAAUUCAGAUAUACAUUUGAGGUAAUCCAGAAACUUUUUCUGGACCUAGAUGCUAACAAACUGUCACACAAAGUUCAGGCUCUGAAAACCAAGCUCUUCAGUGAGUUGGAGUCGGUUAAGUUCAUGAUGGUCUUGAUUUUGGAAGAAUUAAGCUUGGGACAUGGUGCUAAUUAUAAGUUACCAUUUGUACUGGAUUAUUAUUGAGGUUAUUGUUGUUGCAUUUUGCUGACAUUUAGUUAAAGUAGUUUAGUUAAAUGUAUGCUGCAUGGUUAAACAUUUCAAAAUCUGAUUUUUGUUCACGAUCAGAAUGGAGCAUUUUUUUGAGGCGCCUUCAGUGUGAUGUACUGUUUUGGGGUAUACUUAUCAUUUACAUUCUAGAAGUUUUGGACAGCCGUUUUGGAUGUGUAGUACUUACUGGCAUAUGCUGUUAAAUGUAGUAAUGAUCAAAUAUUUGUCCUUCCAUAUUUAAUGUGAGAGCUAUCUUGUUAAAAUAUGUAAAAUAUUAAAAUCUAAAAACUCAGUUUGGAAGAACAAAUAUUUGAUGGUUACUACCUUUAUGUCAAGAUUAAUUGAUAUGUAUAUCUCAUUAAAAUACAUCAAAUACAUCAUAUUUUCAACUUCCUAGGCAAAAAUAUCUGAUUCAGUUCUUUUAUUUCACCUGAUUUUUAGAUAAUCUCUUCUACUCUAAUUAAAAUAUCCACUUUUCUGAUUUGUGGCCUGAACAUUAAACAUAAUGAGCCCAGUGGCCAAAUAUUUUAGCUUGUAGUCUCUAUGGUAUAUGUUUAUUUGAACUUUAUAUUGAUCAGACAUACCUCACCUAGCCUUGUGAUUUGAAGUAAAACUGCCCUUUUAUAUAUUAUGAUCUUGACUUGGGAAGUAUUAAGCUUGUGGCAUUGUGCUAAUCUUAUGUUGUGAUGUGUUGUUUCUAUAAUUAUUAAGGUUACUUUUGUUGCAUUUUGCUGAAGGACUCUAGAGAGCUAAAUAUGAAUGUUUUUGAAGCACUUUAUUCAAAUGUAUGCUGCAUUGCUAAAAAUGUGCAAAUUGUUGAGGCACUUUCAGUGUGAUGUAUUGUUUUGGGGUAUUUGUAUCAUGUUACAUUUUAGAAAUUGACAUUUUGGAUGUGUAGCACUGUAGUAAACUUGAGGAAUUGAUAAUGUAAGUUAUGGCCUUGACAUACAGUUGAAUCAGCCCUGGUCCAUAUUUAAAAUGCAGUGGUUGUUUUUGUUAAAGUUUUUCUUUAGUGUAGUAAUUUAUGCUGGAUUGUUCAAAGUUUUAAUAUAUUAAAUGUUGUACAGAGACAUUGGACGUACUACAGAUUCUGUAAGUGUUGCAUUUACAGUAUGGAUAAUUGCACUUUAUAAACUGCACUUUGUGUUCACUUUUACAGCAGGUGAUUUAAAAAUUGUAUUGCAUUUAAGUUGUACAUUUAAGUAUUGUACUUUCUGUAUGUUUAUUUUUCUAAAUACAGAUUUGUACUUUUUGUUA